AUGGGCUCGCUCGCCUCUCUCUCGGCACGGCAGCCGCCUCUCCCGCGGCUCGUCCCCGGCGAGGGGAGCGCGGCCAGCGGGCAAAGCAGCAGCUCCGUCCAGCUCUGGGCGCCGCUCCCAGGAGGAGGGCGAGGGCGGCCAAGGGGCGCCGCCGGCGCCGCCGGCGCGUCGGGGGUCGAGCGAGGGGGCUGCCCGCUGCUCUCCUUCAGCGCCUCGCCCCGCUGCUCCCACAGGCGGCCAGCUCAGGUGCGCCCGGCGCAGCCCCGCCACGCGCCCGCCGCCGCAGCUUCGCCCGAGCAGGUCCACAGGUGGAAGGAGGAGCACAACGCAGCCCGGCAGCAGCAGCAGCGCAAGGACAGCCGACCCUGCCCGGUCAUAUCCGGCCCGGGCUCUGCAGGACGAAGGCAGGCAGGCAGGCAGGCAGGCAGGCAGGCUGGCUGUCAGGUUCCCGACGCGCGCCCCGGCUUCAGCCACCGCUGCCACAGCCAGGCAGCGAGCAGGCAGGCAGGCGCAUCUUCGCUCUCCUCCCGCUGGAAUCGCACUGAUCCCUCGCCUAACCUUGGCUGCCUCCGAGCGGAGCGCACGAAAGGGUUAAGUCUCUCGCCAGCCAGCCAGCCGGCCGCCUCCCUCCGCCGCAGCCCUCGCUGGGCUGCUCUUAAAGCGGCGGCCCCAGGGCAGCCGAGACGCAGCCUGGGAGGGGGAACACGAACGGCGAGAGAGCCACGGAUCGCGUCCCUACUUUGGAAACCUGGGUUUCCUGACGUUUGGGAAAGUAGCGGAAUUUAA